AUGAUCAUCCUCUCGUCUCGCAGUGUGCUGCUGUCUGUCUACUACCCGCAGAUCUUCCUGAUCCUGACGAGCGGCAGCUACCUGGCCCUGUCCUCGGUGGUGGCUCUGGGUGCCAACAUAAUCUGCAACAAGAUUCCUGGGCUGGCACCUCGCCAGCGGGCCAUCUGUCAGAGCCGCCCAGACGCCAUCAUUGUUGUUGGCGAAGGUGCCCAAAUGGGCAUCAAUGAGUGUCAAUACCAGUUCCGAUAUGGACGGUGGAACUGCUCGGCACUGGGAGAAAGGACGGUCUUUGGUCAGGAGCUGCGAGUUCUGCUAUGA